AUGUCGUACAAUCCUCGAAUGAGCAUCAUUCCCACCAACCAAACCCAGUCGCGAAACACCCGCAAAAAGGAAGAUGAGGCCGACGCGUUCAUGCGCCUCCCCGACAAGGAGAUUGUCGGCUGCAUAACGGACAUCGGAAUCCCCUUUACUGUCGCCGACCUCCAGAAACCCAACCCUCUCCAGGUCCAGAUGAUCUUCGAGUGGUUCGCCGAGCUGCUACUCAAUGCCACUCGCGAGACCGUUGAGCCUGCCAUGCGCGCUGCCGCCGAGGACAUUUGCGGCGAAUACUCCGACGUCGUCCCUCCCGACACUCGCAACCUGAUGGGCUUCUACGUCUCUCUGCGUCGUCUGCUCGCCGAAUGCGGAAUUAAUGAUUUCAGCUUCAACGACUUGUACAAGCCGUCGCACGAUCGCCUCGUCAAGAUCUUCAGCUACCUCAUCAACUUCGUGCGCUUCCGCGAGUCGCAAACGAGUGUCAUCGACGAUCACUUCAACAAGGCCGAGACCACCAAGGCGCGUAUCGAGAGCUUGUACUCGGAAAACCAAGAGAUGGAGGUGCGCAUUGCCGACAUGAAACGCAACCGCAAGGCAAUGGAGGCCCAGGUGCGCGAGAAGACGACGCGCAAUGAGGAGCUGAAGCAGAGGCUAUUGGACCUCCGUCGCAACCAGGAGCGUGUGGCUGCCCGUCUCGAGGACGCCAAGGUCAAGAAGACGGAGCUCACGGCCACUCUGGAGGACAAGACGGCGCAGAAGCUGGCAUUGAAGCAGGAGAGCCAGAAGCUGAGGCCAUAUGUCAUGCAGAGCCCUUCUGCGCUACAGUCCAGCUUGACCGAGCUGAGCAACACUCUCAACAGUGAAAAGUCACACAUUGACUCACUGGACCGUCGCUCGCGUGCCCUGCAGACCUCGGCCGACUCCUUUGCUGUGGUCUCAACCGAUGUGGCGUCCUGUAUCAAGAUCCUCGACGAAAUCGGCGUCGAACUGGCCAAAGAGGAGGAAGAGAACCUCAAGAACGCCAAGCAGCGAGACGCUCUUUCCGAGCGCGGUAACAACGUACGCGAGGUUGAGCGGACCGAGUCUCUGCUAUCGAGGCAGCUGGUCAAGUGGAACGAGCGGACUGAAAAGCUCCGUGAACAGAGCUCUGCCAAGGCUCACGAGGCCAAGGAGAAGAUGGAGGAGUUGCGCGCAGUUCACCGGAAGCUUACCGAGGAGCGAACGGAGAAGGGCAAAGAUAUGGAGAGACGGAGAGUUCGUAUUGAACAGACGGAGAAGAAGAUGCUCGAUCUCAAGGAGAACAUCGAGAAUGAGAUCCACAGCGCCUACGACGAGUUCCUCAAGAUGGACUCCCACAUCAAACUGUACAUCACCGAGAUGGAGCAGGCGAUUUGA